AAACUCCCCGCAGCAUCCACCACGCUCUCCCUCCAUUCACCGCGCACAACGACCUCCCCCACUCUCUCCAGCCAAGCUGGCUAGAGAGCGAGCCCAGGGAGCUAGCUGAGCCCGCUUCGAGGCAAGAAUUCAAAGCGCCAUGCUGGGCUGCUUCUCCCGGCUCCGGCGGCCGGCCUCCGCCGCGGCGGGGGCGCCGGCGCCCGUGCAGCCGCCCGACGAGGCGUCCACGUCGGCCUCCACCCCGGAGACCUCCCCGCGCUCGUCCUCCUCCUCCGCCCGCUUCAAGAGCGCGUGCCUCCGGGACGGCGGCAGGGGCGGGGACGUGGAUGUGACCGUCGCGAAGGAGUGCCCGCCGCUGUCGUCCAUGCUCGCCGUGGACUCCGGGCUGUCGUCGGCCAUCGCGUCCCGGCGGUUCUUCCUCGCCUCCCCGGGCCGGUCCAACUCCAUCGUGGACUCGUCGGCGGCGCACGCGGCCGCCGUGCUGGGCGUGGGCGCGGCCGGGGUGGCGGUGCCGACCUACUCCCCGGACCCACACGCCGACUUCCUGCGGUCCAUGGAGGAGAUGUCGGCGGCGCUGCGGCUGGACGCGCGGCGGCGCGGCGACCGGGCGCGCCUCCACGAGCUGCUGCUCUGCUACCUGGCACUCAACGACAAGCGCGCGCACCGGUACGUCGUCAGCGCCUUCACCGACCUCCUCCUCCGCCUCACCGCCACCGACGACCUCGACGCCGACGACGAGCAGCACGGCAGCAUGUAGCAGCCGCGCCGACGUGCCUGCCUGCCUGCCUGCCUGCAGAGCUCAACACUUUCGUCCAUUAUUUCUCAUAUUUUUUCGGGUGCAAGAUGCUGGUGCUGUGUGCUCAGUUCCCAGCAGACAGGCCAUGCAUCUGAUCUGACUGUAAAAAGAAUUGUUCGUGUGCAAUUUCGCGGCAAAAAAAGCCGCUUUGUACCUUUGUGUGGGCGUUGGCUGCUUUUGCCCUUUAUGAAAGGCGUGAGCGUGCUAGCGAAGACGGGGAAUAUCUUAGCUUCCACAAUUGCACCGCUUUGUUUCUUUGUGUAAUUGCGUUUGUCUUUUCAGCCACCUCCCCGCGCUUUCACCUUUAGCUUUGUGUUGGGGCAUCUGAAGGCUAGUUUGGUACAUGUCAGGCAUGGUUAUGCCGUGACCAUUGCUUUGUACGUA